AUGGACGCUGCGGUGGCAGCAGGUUGCAUAGAAGUUGCUGCAGCAGGUGGAGCAGCAGCAACAGCAGCAGCAGCAGCAGCUGCUGCUGCUGCUGCAGCAGCAGCAGCAGCAGCAGCAUUAGGGCCCCCUCUUGCUGUACCUGCUCUCGAGCUCACCCGGGGGCCCCCCCGGGGCCUCCCUCUUGGUCUCCCUCUGUUGCUGCCUCUGCGUGAAGCAGCAGCAGGGGGGCCCCCCGCUGCCUGCUGGGGGCCCCCCAGGCGCCUGACGCGCCCGCAGCAGCUCGGGGGCCUGUCCCUGCAGCAGCAGCAGCAGCAGCAGCAGCAGCAGCAGAAGGAGCAUGUGGAGCAAGUGCAACAUAUGCAGCAGCCGCAGGAGGGGGAGCAGCACACGUACAAGCAGCAGCAGCAUGAAAAACAGCAACAGCAGCAGCAGCACAAGCAGCAGCACGAUCAUCAACAGCAGCACAAGCAGCAGCAGCUGCUGCUGCACAAAAGCAGCAGCAGCUGCUGCAAAGAAAAACAGCAACAGCAGCAGCAGCACAAGCAGCAGCACGAUCAUCAACAGCAGCACAAGCAGCAGCACCACCACAAGCAGCUGCAGCAGCACCAGAAGCAGCAGCACCACCACCACAAGCAGCAGCAACAGCAGCAGCAGCAGCAGCAGCAGCAGCAGCAGGAGCAGCAGCAGGAGACUGACAGUAGCAGCAGCCCAGCACUGUUCUGUUGCUGCAAUGAUUUCUUUACAUCUAUCCUCAACGUGCUUUAA